GGCGGGCCGCCGCCGCCGAAGAAGGCGCCCCCGCCGAAGGGCAAGGGCGCGGCGGCCGCCGGCAAGGCGGCGCCCAAGGCCAAGUCGAGCAUGCAGCCGCUGUUCGGGCGGCGCCUGGACUGGCACUCGCUCACCCAGGAGAAGGUGUCCGGCACAGUGUUUGCGGGCCUCAACGAGGAGGUGCCCGGUGCCGCGGAGGACAUCGGCCGGCUGAGGGCACUCUUCGAGCCGCCGAAGGCGUGCCAGGCCGCCCCGAGCAAGGAGAGGCGCGGGGCGCGGCGAGAGAUGGGGUCAAGCGCAAGAAGAAGCCUCGUGCCGUACGUGGUGCUAGCGUCGCUGCUGAUGGUGAUGCGCGUGCUGGUGCAGAACCUGCAGCCGCUGGGUGAAGAGGACUUCAUGGACUCGGUUGGCUGGGACGAGCAUAUCAAAGGGCUCAUUCAUGGAGAGCUGCAGGCCAAGUUCAACAUCUUCCAGACCGAGGUUACCGAGCCCGUCACCGCGUCCGCCAGCAAGGCUGCCUCGUCCGCCGUCGAUCCUGUCAUGGCUGCCAUCAAAGGUGUCGAAACUGCAGUUCAGCAAGUUCCGCAAACAUGCACGUCCCAACUUGAAGCGCAACUUCGUCCCGAGUUCGAGGCCAUGCAGCGACGCCUACAGCAGCAGAUCGACACCAUCCAGUCGCAGGUCCGAGACAUCGACACCCGCACAGAGACGCUGGCCACGGACAUGGAGCAGCUCAAGUCCCUCGUCGAAGAGCUUCGCAAAGAGUUGGUGGUCGCAAAUCGGUCGCCGCGUCCACCUAAGCCGACGCCUGGGUUCACUCGAGCGGUGGAUGGCACGAUUCUCAAGGUCGUCGCUCCUACCCUCGUCAAGAAGUGCGACGUUCAGGGCUCUGUGGAUAAGUGGCUCAAGGACGCAAGCAUCGACGGCUUCACCAUUCAGGGCGACGACCAAGACAAGCUCUUCACGAUCCAGUUCACUGGUGCAGUGGGUAUCGCUGGAAAGAAGGUCGCUGCCGCUUUAUCAGCUCUUCGUCUUCCUGGUAAAGGACAAUGGAUGCGCUUCCCCAUACCCGCAGCCAGCGGGGGAAGCACCCAGCUGCAUAUCGGCCCCGACAAGAACCCUUAUCAGAUCAAGAUGGAGAUCACAGGUUACCGUCUUCGGCUCGUUCGACACCGGCGCCUGCGGCCAUACGCGUGGUGGUGUUGCGACGGUGGUACCUCUUUCAGCUCAAUCGGCGGCGGCGUCCUCAUCUCGCUCGCCGGUUUCAGGGACUGGUUCAGUUGGUGCAUCCUGCGGCGCUUCAAGCUUGGGUGGAAACUAUACAACAUCGAGCGGCUGAGCAAGAGCUGGCGGUUCUCCAACAGGGUGCUCUUCAUGGGAAAGGCCGCGCUAAGGUUUCUCCUGGUACUUUCUGCAGCACAAAGGAAAGCCAAGCUCUGGGUCCCCUUCGGCAAGCGGCUCACGUUGCGCGUCAUUCAGGUUGGCGACCAGCAGCUUUCUGAUCCUGCCGAGAAGUUGAACGCGCUGGUCAGCUAUUGGGUUGCCAUGCUGGAGACGAUGGCGAGCGCGGUGUCGUUCGCUCCCCUGACACUGUGCGUAUUCUCGGCCUUCGCAACACCGAUAUUUCAACGUGCCGCCUACUCGGCGCUUUAUCAGGACAUGAUGCUGCCGUUUCUGAACAACUCGUACAACACUGACUCGCCGCUGGUGGUCACGAUCGUCAAACAGUGGUCCAAAUGGUUUCCAUCCCUGGUGGACGAUCCCACGCAGCUCGACUGGAAAUGUUUGCAGGACAAGAUGGUCACUUACCCCGCGGCCUGGGCUUCAGCGCUGCUGCGCGGCCUUUGCGGUGGUUGGCUUACGUCGUCGAGGAUAUCGUCGCCUUCAGGGCCUCGCACAUGCAUCUUUGGCUGCGCAGGCUGCUCGGACGAGAUCGGUCAUUAUCUCGUUUGUCGUGGUCUCGCGUGGGACAUCGCCAUGGCGAAGACGGGUGGCCGCAUCGAACUGCCUGGCAACAUUCUUGAUAGCUCGCCACCACCAUCUACCACGAAGUACGGCAUCUGGAUUAUGUCGGUCCUGAGCAUCUUCUCCAUACAGCGCGUGGUGCUGUUCGUGUUCGGGCAUUGGCGUGCCCGGCGGCUGGUCGGACUCGGGCCCACAUUCGUCCGCGGCAGCAUCUUGUUACGACGGGGCUACCAGAACCACCCUCUCCUGCUGUCCAGUGGCCUCCUGUACUCAUGGUGGAUCUUCCACGUGGUCAUCACUCACUGCACGAUUGUCUACCUGGGCGAGUUCGCUAUCCGCGUGCUUGGGGAGAAGCAAAGCUCGUUGAGCACUACACAGAAUUACAGCAAUCGGAUUCGAGCAGCUGGUUUAAGGUGGCGCAUGAGCGGGCCCAGCUUCUCAUGGAUCUUCGUUGGUGGCCCCAUGGUCUUGCGUCGUUUGCUGUGGUUACACCUGACAUCGAAGAAGAGCUUCAACUCCUUCGGCCAGAACCUCGUUCCCUUCUUCCUGAACUACGGGACUAUGGUUCGCUUGUUGCUGAUGAUUUGUGCUCUCGUGCUGAUGAGUUGGCUGUGGAUAUCUGGGAUGUGGAAAGCGGCAGUGGCAAUCGCUCAGGACGUGACGGCGCUGGGCCACUUGUCGGUGCUGCAGGAGGUAUUCUGCAGUGCCCUGCCAAUGAGGACGGACGUGGCGAAGCGCUGGGAGCUCGCCAUUGAGCUCUGCUUGCAUGGGUGGUAUCAAGGCGCUAUACCGAGGGAGCGGUUUCGUCAACAGCUCAGCGACCCGUGGCCGCCCAAUGAACGCCGCCGUCUUGCAGCGCUACGGCGCCAGGGCUUGGCGCACCUGCGGCAAUUGGAUUGGUGCCCUGAUAUCUCGAGGAUGCCACCAGAAGAGCGCGGGGAUUUUCAGCUGGUUCGCCGUACUUUCUUUUCUGGCCCUGCGAAGGCUGCGGCACCUGAUCUGCUCCUUCUUCCUCACCUUCACGAGCAAGCCCUUCUGGAUGCAGCGGCUGCCGUUGGCUCCGCCCAUCUGCCCGACGAAGACAACGAAAGCAUUGAUGCGGACGGCUACCCCGACCCAACCGACGAGGACAUCGAGUGCAUGGUCGAGGCUGCCGCUGUCACGGAGGCGCCCGAACCUGGUGGAUCGCCACCGCCCGAGUACGAGAAUGAUACAAUGGACGCUGGAGAGUUUUCGCAUCACUUCGGCCCCAUCCUCACCGACGAAGAGUUUGAAGCGCAAGUACAGCUGGCUUUGCGCAGGUCUCGGGUCACGUUCCACGAUGACGGAGAGGUGGGGGCGGGCGAGCUCAUGAUGGCACAGGCCGAAGCGGAAAGUUUGGAAGUGCCUGACGUGGACGCUCGCAGCAUGCACGAUGUUGAGGACGAUGUCGGAGAGGCUGUGCUGCUGCUCCGUCACCUGUUUCCGAGCCUGACGGAGCCCGCGAUCGACUUCAUCACGACGGGCGAAGCUGGCUUGCCUGGUGUAUCCUCGGACUUCGAUGCAUCUGUCUCGCCCGACGGCUACGUGAUCGACGUUUUGGCUGCAAUACGGGAUCCGCUGGUCAAUGAUGGAGCUGAUCAGCCCUCUGACUUCGAGUUCGACGACAGCAAUCACACUGACGGGGUGAAGGACUAUCGCAUGCUAGUGGUGAGGUCCAUCCUGGUCGUCGUGAUGGUGGAGAUCUUGUCCCACGCGAUCAAGGUGUCGUGCAUGGGGGUGUUGGUCACGACCAAGAGCCUCUCCCUGAAGGCGCUGGGCUCCAUGGUGAAGACGCUGGGCACCAAGGUGGUGAGCUUCCUGCGGGUCAAGAACAGCAUGGUAUACAGCCUGAGCCUGCUCCUGUCCACCCUGUACCUGGUGCUGCUGACCGUCGCUGCCGCCAUGGACGUGGUCGGCGGCUUCAUUGACACCGAGCUGGCCGACGGCGCGCGCGUCGGCGCCGAGGGCUAG